AGGAGGGUAUCCGUCGCCAUUUUGUUUGCUGGCGGGAGAUUACGGUGAUUCCGUAGGCCCCGGGGAAAGCGGUGGUUUUUAUCACCGUCCGACUCACCGUAGCGUGUCUACCGGUUGUGAAAACAAUGUAUAUUAAACAGGUGAUUAUUCAAGGCUUUCGGAGUUACAGAGAUCAAACUAUUGUUGAUCCAUUUAGUUCAAAGCACAAUGUAAUUGUGGGAAGAAAUGGAUCUGGCAAAAGUAAUUUUUUCUAUGCCAUUCAGUUUGUUCUCAGUGAUGAGUUCAGUCAUCUUCGUCCAGAGCAAAGGCUUGCUCUAUUGCACGAAGGAACAGGACCUCGUGUUAUUUCAGCCUUUGUGGAAAUUAUUUUUGACAACUCUGACAACAGGUUACCAAUCGACAAAGAAGAGGUAUCAUUAAGAAGAGUCAUUGGUGCCAAAAAGGAUCAAUAUUUCCUGGACAAGAAAAUGGUGACAAAAAACGAUGUAAUGAAUCUCCUUGAAAGUGCUGGGUUUUCUCGCAGUAAUCCAUACUACAUUGUGAAACAAGGAAAGUCUCUAGGCUUGCGCAAGCUGAAGAAAACCGAAUCGCUGCAUCGCUACGUUUACCCAAAUUUAAAAGACCGUAAAGAACUUGCUGAAACUGAGCCAAAAUUUAGCAGUGUAAAACAGAAAGAGGAAAGUGGGAUUGCAAGGCUAGCCCAGGCAACACAGGAAAGGACAGAUCUGUAUGCCAAGCAAGGACGUGGAAGUCAAUUUACAUCUAAAGAAGAGCGUGAUAAAUGGAUUAAAAAGGAACUGAAAUCGUUAGACCAGGCCAUAAAUGACAAAAAGCGCCAGAUUGCAGCCAUUCACAAGGAUUUAGAGGAUACCGAAGCAAAUAAGGAAAAGAAUUUGGAACAGUAUAGUAAAUUGGAUCAAGAUCUUAAUGAAGUAAAAGCACGAGUAGAAGAGCUAGACAAAAAAUAUUAUGAAGUAAAAAACAAAAAAGACGAGCUGCAAAGCGAGAGAAAUUAUUUAUGGAGAGAGGAGAAUGCUGAACAACAAGCACUUGCAGCCAAGAGAGAAGAUUUGGAAAAAAAGCAACAACUUCUCAGAGCAGCAACUGGAAAGGCAAUUCUGAAUGGUAUUGACAGCAUUAACAAAGUUCUGGAGCACUUCAGACGUAAAGGCAUAAACCAGCAUGUUAUUAAUGGCUAUCAUGGAAUUGUCAUGAAUAACUUUGAUUGUGAGCCAGCUUUCUACACUUGCGUUGAAGUCACUGCUGGAAACAGGUUAUUUUACCAUAUUGUGGAUUCAGAUGAGGUCAGCACCAAGAUCCUAAUGGAAUUUAAUAAAAUGAAUCUGCCUGGAGAAGUUACAUUUCUGCCCCUCAACAAACUGGAUGUUAGAGAUACUGCUUAUCCUGAGACUAAUGAUGCAAUUCCAAUGAUCAGCAAACUUAGAUACAUUACACGUUUUGAUAAAGCUUUCAAACAUGUUUUUGGGAGGACUCUCAUUUGCCGGAGUAUGGAGGUAUCUACUCAGCUUGCCAGAGCUUUUACAAUGGAUUGCAUUACCUUGGAAGGGGAUCAGGUUAGCCAUCGUGGCGCCCUGACUGGAGGUUAUUAUGACACAAGAAAAUCCAGGUUGGAACUGCAAAAAGAUGUCCGUAAAGUAGAGGAAGAGCUACAUGCGCUGGAAGCAAAGCUGAAUGAGAAUCUCCGAAGGAACAUUGAGAGGAUUAACAAUGAAAUUGAUCAGCUGAUGAAUCAAAUGCAACAGAUUGAGACGCAGCAGAGGAAGUUUAAAGCCUCUCGGGAUAGUAUCUUGUCAGAAAUGAAAAUGCUCAAAGAAAAGAGACAGCAGUCUGAGAAAACAUUCAUGCCCAAGCAACGUAGCUUGCAGAGUUUAGAGGCAAGCUUGCAUGCCAUGGAAUCCACACGGGAAUCCUUAAAAGCAGAGCUUGGUACAGACUUGUUAUCUCAGCUGAGUUUGGAUGACCAGAAGAGGGUGGAUGCUCUGAAUGAUGAGAUCCGACAACUGCAGCAAGAAAACAGGCAGCUUCUAAAUGAGAGAAUUAAAUUAGAGGGCACUAUCACUCGAGUGGAGACAUAUCUCAAUGAAAAUCUCAGAAAGCGCUUAGACCAAGUGGAACAAGAACUUAAUGAGUUGAGAGAAACUGAGGGAGGGACUAUUCUGACCGCCACUACAUCUGAACUGGAAGCAAUCAACAAACGCGUUAAGGAAACUUCUACACGAUCAGAUGCUCUGGAUGUUACAAUUGACAAGACAGAAGCUGAGAUCAAAGACCUUGUGAAGAGCAUGGACCGUUGGAAAAGCAUGGAGAAGGAUAACAUGGACGCUAUCAACCACGAUACAAAAGAACUUGAAAAAAUGACAAAUCGUCAGGGAAUGCUUUUGAAGAAAAAAGAAGAGUGUAUGAAAAAAAUCAGAGAAUUGGGCUCCCUACCACAGGAGGCAUUUGAAAAAUAUCAGACACUAAGCUUAAAACAGUUGUUCCGCAAGUUGGAACAGUGCAAUUCAGAAUUGAAGAAGUACAGCCAUGUCAACAAAAAAGCUUUAGAUCAGUUUGUAAACUUCUCAGAACAAAAGGAAAAACUCAUAAAAAGACAGGAAGAAUUAGACCGUGGCUAUAAAUCCAUUAUGGAGCUGAUGAAUGUCUUGGAACUCAGAAAAUAUGAGGCUAUCCAACUCACGUUCAAGCAGGUGUCAAAGAAUUUCAGUGAAGUCUUCCAGAAAUUAGUACCAGGUGGAAAAGCCACUCUGGUUAUGAAGAAGGGAGAUGUGGAAGGAAGUCAGUCUCAAGAUGAGGGAGAAGGAAGCGCUGAAAGUGAGAAGGGUUCCAGCUCACAGAGUAGCGUGCCAUCAGUUGACCAGUUUACUGGAGUCGGCAUCAGGGUUUCAUUCACCGGAAAGCAAGCAGAAAUGAGAGAAAUGCAGCAGCUGUCUGGUGGACAGAAAUCGCUGGUUGCUCUGGCACUUAUUUUCGCCAUCCAGAAGUGUGACCCUGCUCCAUUUUACCUUUUUGAUGAAAUUGACCAGGCACUGGAUGCUAUGCACAGAAAAGCUGUGUCAGAUAUGAUCAUGGAACUCGCUUCUCAUGCCCAGUUUAUUACAACAACUUUCAGGCCUGAACUGUUGGAAUCAGCUGACAAGUUCUAUGGUGUCAAAUUUAGAAAUAAGGUGAGUCAUAUUGAUGUGAUCACAGCAGAACAGGCCAAGGACUUCGUUGAGGACGAUACAACGCACGGCUGAAUGACCUUCAGAUCAUUUCUUUAGGAGAUGUUGUACAGAUUGUUAACUGUUGUUGAACAGACACUGGGUUAUGUAUAUUUAAAGAUAAAAUAUUUUGCCCUUGUUUAGAUAGGAUGUGAAAAGCUGUUUUAACACAUUGACCUGCAGGCUUAAAUAUUUUGUACUAUGAGCUAUAGCAUCCAUUUUACGUUUGUUUGCAAUGUGCUUUUAUACAAUGCCAGUUACUUUUGUCCUCUGUGCCUAUCCUAACUAUGCGUCUUUUGACAGUAUCCCUUUGCUGUUUUAAUAUUUUUUGAAAGUGUAUUUUCAAUUCCUGAUAUUUCCGUUCUGCCUUUGUUUUCUUUUAAAUAGCUUCAAUAAAACUGGAUUUUAUGUCAGUUCGUAAUGCCCCCUUGUGAUCAGUAAAACAAUAAAUAAUCCUUCUGAUUGUCUCUUUACAAGCUACGGCCACUUAAGUGCCAAGAAUAAUCACCUUUUAGAUUUCAAAUGGCUCCACUUGUAGUUUCAGACAGCUAGCGUUUAAAGUUCGCCCAGCAUAUCUUCAUAGUGCUCAUUACUGUCCAGGGCACAUGGGGCUUCUGUAGCUGACAGCUUCGGCUUAUCAGUGCUUUCAAUAGCUAAUAUAACAUUCCUGAAGUGCACAGACCAUCUCAUUGAGUUCUCUUCUCUCCUACUACAGCCAAAGAAUGUUUAGCUUUUAGAUACGAAUUAUGACAAUCAUGUUAAUGCUUUUUUAAUUGUUUAGUUACUCUAUAUUGUGCGUGCUCAAAAGCAUAACAUGUACAUUUCAGCAAUAAAUUUGCUUAAGUUAA